AUGGGUCUCUUCACUAGAAGAACUCAUGAUCCUGCGACCAAUGGCCAUAGGCAUCGGGCCGAGAAACGUCGGGCCCGGAGAGAUGGAGGCACCAGAAGACCCCUUUUUGACCUGGACUCGGGCCACUUCAACCGGAGACCCAGUUUUGGGCAAUGGCUGAAAUUCACCUGGCUUGAUAUUGUCACCAUGGCCAUCAUGGGUGCUAUUGGCCUGGGUGUCUACAUGGCCGACCCAGCCCCGAGCCGUUCAUUCCCAGUCAACUUCAGGGAUGGGGAGAUCGUCUAUCCUGGAUUUGCCUAUCCUCUCCGCAAAGAGAUCGUCCCCAUUUGGGCUGCUGCUUUACUGGCUGCACUUGUCCCUAUAUUCGUCUUUUUGGUCAUGCAAAUCCGCAUCCGUUCCUUCUGGGAUGUAAAUAAUGCCAUCAUCGGGCUGCUGUACUCGUUGAUCGGCGCGGCCGUCUUCCAGGUGUUCGUCAAAUGGCUCAUCGGCGGCUUGCGGCCCCAUUUCCUGUCGGUCUGCGAUCCGGAUCCAGCCCUGAUGGAAGCGCAAGGCGGCCAAGGAUACCAAGGGCUGAUGUUCAAGAGCGACAUCUGCCGCGGCGACAAGAACCAGAUCAAUGACUCUCUUGAAUCCAUGCCCUCGGGUCACAGCACAGCUGCAUGGGCAGGCUUUCUCUACCUGUACUUCUACCUCAAUGCGAAGAUGAAGGUCUUCAGCAACCACCACCCGGCGAUGUGGAAAUUGAUUGCCCUGUACGCUCCAGUACUCGCAGCUACACUCAUCACUGGCGCGCUGACCAUCGACGAGUUUCACAACUGGUACGACUGCGUUGCCGGAGCAGUCAUCGGUUCUACGUUCGCCAUUUCCGCGUAUCGCAUGGUCUACGCUUCUGUCUGGGACUUCCGUUUCAACCACAUCCCACUCACUCGACACACUCCCUUCUCCUACGGUGCUGGCGCCGCAGGCGCGGGUGGCUUCGAGACUGCGGUCUUCACCCGCAAAGCAGGUUGGGGCUACGUGGAAGCAUACGGCGGCGCUCCCUUCGACGCGGCAUACGGCCUGCGAGGCGCGGCAACCGGCUUCAAUACGUUUGCUUCAGGUACCGGUACCCACGCGCACGACAGCCACCACCACAAUGGUGUUCUCGGUGGCAGGAGAGACGGCGACGUCGAGCAUAACGCCGCACUGCCAACUACCAACGGAAAUCACGCCGGCACCCAUGGAUAUCACCACACAGCCAUGUCCGGUCAUAAUGAUGGCUAUGUCACCAACCCAGCACCCGUAGUCGGCUCAGACAGCCGAUACCAGCACCACCGCAAGAGCAUGGAGCGCAAAGCUGUCCCAACUUAA